AUGAAGUUAGUUAGAUUUCUCAUGAACAUACCGAAUUCCACAAAUCAACCAGUAACGGUUGAAUUAAAAAAUGGGAACGUAAUAAGUGGUACUAUGUUGUCAUGUAAUCCACUGAUGAACUUGAAUCUUAAGAAUGUUAAAUUACAACAACCAUUACAAGACCCAAUAUUAUUAGAUUUCAUAAAUAUAAGAGGUAAUCAAGUAAGACAAAUUAUUCUACCAGAUGAAUUAAACAUAGAGAGUGUGUUGUCUAAAUCUGAAACUAAAAUAAAAGGUCAAGGCGCCGGACCAGGUGCCAAACCAGAGUCAAAUGGGCGAGGACGAGGGGGAUUUAGAGGUAGAGGUGGUAGAGGUGGAAGAGGUGGAAGAGGUCGAGGAAGAGCAUUCUAA